UGCUUAUUGCUUUGUGACAAUCCAUUGUAAUACGAAGCAACAUCGUACGAGCGGCUCCAUAGUCAUUUCUGAAAACUCUGGCCGAGUCUUUUUCUCUCGGAGCGAUCCACAGAGUGCUGGACUAUAGUCCCUGAUCUGGGUUUUACUCGUCUGCACUAGAGUGUCCUAGAUUGUCCCAGAUAUCAGCCAUGAUACAUCGUAUCCUUCGACCGUAUCAGAACCUCCAGCUCGGCCUACCUGGUCCGCAGAACCUUUGACUCCACGGUUCAAGGAAGCGAAAGAACAGCGUGUUUCAGGCCUCAGAAUGAGGCUGUUUUCUGCGGACCUGCCCGUAUCAUUUCUAGCUCACUUGAUCUGUCCGUAUCUGGAGUUCAGCUCUAUCAAGCUCGAGUGCUGCAGGCGCUGGCUGGUACGUCCAUGGAAGGCUUUACUAAUAGGUCUUGUCCAGAUAGCAGAAUGGCCGCGCAUUCCUUCGCUUAUGGUCUACUCGGUCCGUAGAGAAAGUGUGGCAGAAUACAAUAGAACAAGAUUUGACCAAACUGGCAUCCUCUGUCGAUCGAUUCAUCUGCAAUAGAGGACAGGUACAUAUCCCUGGAGAAUGCCCCACUUCUUUGCCUCCUCGCUUUCAUGUGAUAUUUGCUAUGAUACCCACUCUCGAGGACCCUGACACGAGACUCAUGUCCAGCUCGUCUUGUGGACUUAUCGGAUUUUCGCCCUUCGGUGGCGUAAAUGGGACCCGAGGAGGGAUCGAUCGUUCUGCAACGUCGAACGCUGUCCAAAGUGAACUACGAUUGCUAAUCGACGACCACUGUUUUACCAAUGCGGUGGUUACCGGUCUUCUGUUUAUCGUUCCCAUAAUAGUACCUUGUCCAUACAAACGAUUGUCGUAGAGCCUUACAGUACAGUACUGGUGCACUC